GUUAAUUUAUGAUGUUGUAACACGUUGGAAUAGUACGUAUUAUAUGAUAGAAAGAUUAAUCGAAGAAAAAGACCCUAUAACAGCAUGUCUUCAAGAAAAAGAAUUUCAAAAAAAACUAAUUAAAGCUAAUGUACCAACGAGCAUUGAAUGGGAUUUGCAAGUGCAACUAAAGAGUACGUUAAAACCAUUUGAAACAGCUACACGCCAAUUAGCACUAGCAUCUUUACCAACAAUUUCUAAAGUAUUACCAGUUGUUACUGGUUUAUUAACCAGUUUAGAACCAUCAUCAUUUGAUCCACAAACUAUUCAAAAAUUAAAAGAUACAUUGAGAAGUGCUUUAAAAUCACGUUUAAAAAAAGUUUUACUGGUGAUGAGUGUGGCGAAGCGACUUUAG